UGACAGAUACGGAUUCAAAAGAGGGUGGAAGAGGGACAAGUGACAGGCUGGAGAGCCGGGAGCAGUGGGCGGUCGGAGGAGAGGGCCGGAGGACUGACCCAGCGGGAAUCCCAGAGAGGAGAGGAAGGUAAUCCACCAAUGAGGGGGUCAACAACGAAGACUCUUGACAGACCAAACCAGAGCACCACAUUCUUUGCCUGGAACUAUUUUAUCCUUCCUGGGGGACUUGCAAGGCACAAGUGACAGAGUCAGACGGAUCAGAGGAAAAGUCUUCAGGGCCUGAGGAGAGUUUGUAAAACUUGCCCCAAAUCCUAGAAGUGUCUCUGCCCGCUGCUGAGCCGCGAUGGGCGACUGGAGCUUCCUGGGGGAGUUCCUGGAGGAGGUGCACAAGCACUCCACGGUGAUCGGCAAGGUCUGGCUCACGGUGCUCUUCAUCUUCCGCAUGCUGGUGCUGGGCACGGCCGCCGAGUCCUCCUGGGGUGACGAGCAGGCGGACUUCCAGUGCGACACCAUGCAGCCGGGCUGCGAGAACGUCUGCUACGACCAGGCCUUCCCCAUCUCGCACAUCCGCUACUGGGUGCUGCAGAUCAUCUUCGUGUCCACGCCGUCGCUGGUGUACAUGGGCCACGCCAUGCACACGGUGCGCAUGCAGGAGAAGCGCCGGCUGCGCGAGGCCGCCCACGGGGCCGGGGAGGGCCAGGGCACCGGCUCCUACGGCUUCCCGGCGGCCGAGAAGACGGAGCUGUCCUGCUGGGAGGAACCCAACGGCAAGAUCGUCCUCCGGGGCACCCUGCUCAACACCUACGUGUGCAGCAUCCUGAUCCGCACCACCAUGGAGGUGGCCUUCAUCGUGGGCCAGUACCUGCUCUACGGCAUCUUCCUGGACACGCUGCACGUCUGCCGCCGCAGCCCCUGCCCCCACCCCGUCAACUGCUACGUGUCGCGGCCCACGGAGAAGAACGUCUUCAUCGUCUUCAUGCUGGCGGUGGCCGGCCUGUCCCUCUUCCUCAGCCUGGCCGAGCUCUACCACCUGGGCUGGAAGAAGCUCCGCUCCACGGGCUCGGCCCCGGGCUGCACGCCGCCCCCCGACUUCAGCCAGUGCCUGGAGAACGGUCCUGGGGGCAAGUUCUUCAACCCGUUCAGCAACAGGAUGGCCUCCCAGCAAAACACGGACAACCUGGCCACCGAGCAGGUGCGCGGCCAGGAGCAGAUGCCCGGGGAGGGUUUCCUUCACAUCCGCUAUGCCCAGAAGCCGGAGGUGCCCAAUGGCGUCUCCCCAGGGCACGGCCUCCCCCAGGGCUACCAGAGGGACAAGCGCCGACUGAGCAAGGCCAGCAGCAAGGCCAGGUCCGAUGACCUCUCAGUGUGACCCUCCGGUGGGGGGGACUAGGACCAGGUGGGGACCAAGGAGACUCAGAGAAGGAAGAGGGGUUCCUGCCGACCCCACCUGUCUUGUUCUCAGCACCGCUCUGCUCCUUGGGGGCCAGUGCUGUCUGAGAUUAGCCAGGCCUCUGUCUCUCCCCCACCCUCUACCCAGUGCACUCAGUGAAGACUCAGGUUACUUGCUCAACAGGGGAGUAAGGGAAGGGACCGAGGCAAAACCUGGCCUGGGAGGGGUAGCCAGAGAGAGAGGAUAAUUCUCUCCAUGCCAGCCACGUGCCAGAGGGUUCUCCGAGUCUCUAUGGCGCCUGUGAACUGAGUACCCUUCCUCCUGCAAGGAAGACCCCAGAGCUCCUAGCCAGUAAAGAGCAUGAGCCAAGGAACUUGCACGAGGUGUGCUCUGGAACCUGUGGUGUCCACGGGCCAAGCCUUGCAGGCGCUGAGGUUGCCUUGGGCUGCCCUUGGCUGCCGCUGCCUCUACCCAGUCUGACCUAAAAAGAGGUCCUUGGAGCUUGACCAGCAGCCUCGACUUUACAAGUGCCUUGGUAUGCACGCCGGGCAAAGGUCCCGCCUUUACUCUGCCAGGGGGUGGGCACAAGCAGGCCAGGGGGUGCGCGUUCCCCUCGGGAGCCACUGUGCGCAGACUCCCUGGAAUUCCUGCCACCACCUGUCCUGUAGCUCUUUACAGUUCAGCCCGAUGACAGAAACCAUCCCUUCCUGGCCUCCGGUGGCUGUUCACUCAGUGCUCCCCGACAGGCCUUACCAGCCAGGAGACCCAAGAAGCCAUCGUCCUCUCUCAGAUCCUGACCAGAUCACCAGCCACGGAGGCCAGUGGAAUUUCCCCAGGUCUUAUUAAAACAACAAGAACAUUGUGCUUCUCAGAUUCCCCUUGGGGAAAAAAAGCAAGUCUGCUGUGAAGAUGAAAAUUAAAAGAGGAGAGAAAAUACUGGAAAAUGAUUUUUUUCUUCCUAUUUAUUUCCCUCGCUGACUGCCAAUUAGAGUGCUGAGAAGAGGUCUGAUGACAGCGAUGGGAGCCCCCAGCUCCUUCUCCCCCGAGGGCAUAGACAUGUAGGGGAAACGCCAGCUCUCUUGGCAGGGUUCUCCUUUAAGAGCACAGAGAUCCCUGUGGCUCCCUGGUGCUCCUAAUGAAGCUGCCGGGAGGGGACUUCAGACAAGCCCGCUUUGCCCAGGGACUGGCCUGGAUUCUCCAUUCAGUCCAUGCAUAAUGGGUUGCCAUUUUGGAUGAAGGUAAAGGAUGCUCAGAAUUGGAUUCUGAGAUGUAUAGGGAAAUGGUUACUUUUAAAAAUGCGUGUGUGUGUGUGUGUGGGGGGCAUGCACACAAGCACACACACGCCUGCAGAUGGGGUGGGUGAAGGGAAAAGGAGGUCUGAAAUAAGGAAAGGAAACCUUGGAGAAACUUGUGUCUUUCUGCCUGCCCCCCAGAUGCCUCACAGAGGGGCUGAGCCUCACUGUUUUCAGGGUCGUCAGCCCAAAGGGACGGGCAUAAGAGGUGGGACAGAGGAGGGUGUGGGCUCAGAGGGAAGCUGAGCCUCUAGCCCACCUGCCCAUCUCCUGGCCCCUCUGCUGGUAUUUGGAGGUGAUUGGUGGGUGGAAAGAAGGCUGAUGGUAGAGGGAACUGACUGGGACACCCUCUUAUCUGUUGUCUGGCGCUGGCCUUAAGACUCUGCAAAACAAAGCACAAAAGACUCUCUCUCCUUCCAUCUCUGAGAUCUUUGUUUUGUGAAAUGAGUGUUCUUGAAUUAGAAAUGCUGUGAGACCAGUUUUUGAUGAUGGGCCUUUCAGGAAGGAAAAAGAAAAUAUUAUGUGUAGUUUGUCUUA